AUGUGUCAAUUAUUGAAUAUGUAUGACAUAAAUACCCCACGCGCUUAUCACUUCCACGUGAACAAGCGCUUUAUGAUGCGUUGGAAGGAGAUAUUGUGGUCUAAUACAUCAAUUUUGGUAUACUUACUCAUUCUGUACAUAUUUUCAUACUCAUUUAAGCUAAAGAAACCGCCUUCUCACUCAAUAUCAAAUGCCACAAUACCAGCGCCUUAUCUAUUCACAGAAUUUACCUUUUACUACAAACAAAACUCAAACUUAUCAACAAUUCCAUACCAUGAUACCCUUGAAUUAUCACGAUGGAUCGAAUAUAGACCUUAUAAACGAGUAAUAUUAGUUCUCCUCGAUGCCAUACGAUUUGACUAUGUCAUCCAUGACCCAAUGGUGGACACAAACGAGCCACGGAGGGUGUAUACUAAUCAGAUGAACAAUUUAACUCGUAUAUUUCAGGAAGUUGGCAAUAAAGGCAGAUUAUUUAGACUCAAGGCGGAGAUUCCAACCACGACAAUUGCAAGAAUUAAGUCCAUUAUUACAGGGCACUCCCAAGCAUAUCUCGAUAUAGCCGAUAACAAUAACCCUCAAUCGCUCGAAGCGGACAAUAUACUCAAACAGCUCCUGCUACAAGAUAGGAAAGUUGUAAUCAUGGGUGACUCGUUAUGGGAUUCCCUUCAAAAAGGCGUUGCCACUAGAAGCUAUACAGCCAGUGGCCUAAACAUACACGACAAUACGGCGGAUGUUAAGGUGUUUACCCAUUUCUUUGAUGAAUUUAAUAAAUCAGAUUGGGACGUGCUGAUUGGGCACUUGGUUGGCAUUGAUCACUUUGGUCACGUGCAUGGAAUAGAUAACGCCUCCAUAAGCAAUAUGCUAAGAUCUUACGAUAAUUUUGUGGCUAGUAUAAUUGAAAAUGUAUUAACUAAACAAUAUCAAGAUACAUUGUUGGUUAUACUGAGCGAUCAUGGAGUUAAUGCUGAUGGGACGCAUGGUGGCAAAGCACCAGAGGAGGUUGACGCAUUUAUGGCAGCGUUUAAUUACAAGGGAUUCGCCGAAACUGACCAAGCAAUAGAACACCUAUUACUGUGCCGAGAAAAAAACUUUUUGCAGGGAUACAGACAAAAGCAUAAUGUAUUGAAUGGAAAAAUAAAAGGGGAUAUUUUCCAUUGGGCGUCACAAAAUGAUAUAGCGCCGACAUUAGCGGUGUUACUUGGCUGUCCCAUACCAUACAACAGCACGGGCAGGGUUUUGUAUGAGCUAACUCCCGCUAACCCACCUAUUUUAACAUUAUCAGAUUCUCCAGGAAUGGAUUACGUAAAUAAAUUAAUCUCGAAGCAGCGCUAUUACUCCCAAAUUUGCCACAUCAACCUACACUCUUUGCUGCGUAAUUAUCUUCAAACCCAGAGCAAGGGCGAAUAUAACGAUAACGACGGGUUACACAUGGAUUCUAUUAAUAGAAAAAAAUCGAUCAUUAUGCACAAUCUAUUUAUUCUAAACAAAUUGCGUCAUAUCUUAUUACUAUUUGCAGAUCCAUCUUCAGUAACAGCUAAAAAUGCUGAAUUCCAUAUUAAAUCUAUGAAGAGCCAUUUGCUUUUGUGUCAAGAAAUAACAUCUGAACUGAGCGAUUCCUUCCUUGAUAGCCGGGAGAAGAUUGAUUUUUGGACAAUGCUCCCGCUAUUUCUACUGCUGACCUUGUCAAUUGUUGAAUUGAUAGACUGGCAGAUUUUAUGCGAAAUAUUGUCAAAAAUUCGCCUAAAAAUACUGCUUACUUGCACCACAAUGUUCGCUUGUUCCUUAUUACUGAGAAACUUUAUGGAAUAUAGCGAUAUUACACAUAAUAUAUACAUUUGCCUCCCGGCAUCAAUAGUUAUAUCCACCUUCUUCCAUAUCAUAUGGAACUACUUCAAUAUGCCUUUAAUUGAUUUUUCAGCCCCGACAUUUUCGUCUGCUGUUAACCUGGUAAACGGAUUUUAUAUCCCGGAGUUAGUGGCCAUUAUCUUCCACUUGUUAACUCCGUUUAUGGAAUCUCUGGCGGUAUUGGCUCCAAGUUGCUAUAUGUCUCUGGUAGUCUAUUUGAUCGUCAAUAACCUACUGCCAUUGGAAGACUGGGAUUAUCGUCUAGAAAAAUUUGCUGAAGCUAAAAAUAAAAGCCCCACUUUCCUUCACUUGUUGAAGCGAUCUGGGUUUUUGUUGAAGCCGUUCAGUAUUUGUAUGUUAAUGAAGGUUUUGUAUUGGGGCAAGAACUUUAAAUAUUUCAGCAGUUUCCGUUGGUGGUGUAAAAUUGCCCACAUUCAUCCAAUACCCCUUUUGUCAUUAUCGCUGAUAUACCAAUUAUUCAAAAUUAACCCAUUAAUAUCAUUGUACGAUUUAAAGAUAGAGUGGGCUGUUUGGACGACACAGGCAGCCUUGACUUCGUUUUGUCUAUCAUACAAUCAUGGAGAGAUGAUUAGUUUGUCCUACUUAUUUGCAAAAAUUGUAUUUAUCACUACUGUGACGAUGAUCAUUUUCGAACUGCUAAGACCUCUAGUAUAUGGUUCAAAUAAGAAGCCCUCCAUAUCCAGAACUUCAUACAGGUUGCAAACAAUCUCGGUGCACUUACUUUGGCCAGCAUAUCUAUUGUAUGGUCCAUUGCAAUCAUUAAAUGUGCUCCUUAGCAUUGUUACUGAAAAAUUAUAUUUUGAAGUACUGAAGUAUACCAUCACCAAAUCACAAAAAUACAACGUGUCACUCAUCCGCUUUGCCAUUGUAUACAUUUUCCUAGGCGAACACUUUUACUACUCCACUGAGCACACUAACUCAUUCUUCACUUUGCCAUUUGAUGCAGCAUAUACGCUAACGGGCUCAUACACCCGUUUUAUAUCGGAAUUACUAAUUGGUUACCACAUAUUCUUUUUCUCAUUUUUGUCAGCUAUCCAGUUUAUAAUGACACUUAAUAAUUAUAAAGCGCAUUUGAUUUUUUGCAAGCAAUUGAACAGUUCUAUUACCCUUGCGACCGUUGUUAGUAGAUUAUCCUUUGGGGUAUACUUCUACACACUAUGUUCUGCUCUGAUAUUGACAUUAAUGAAAUCGCAUAGGCUUUUUUACAGCACAUUUUUCCCUUCCACUGUCUUCACAGUAUGUAGGACCUCAAUUUUCCUCCUGGCGACCAGGCUGCUGUUUAAUCUCAUCGUUCUCAGCUCUAACGAUGACGAACAAGUUUAA